UUCCAUAUUUACUCUAUAAUCAGAGAAAAUGAAGAAGCAAUUGACAGUUUUAGAUUACUACCCAAAGUUCAAGAGGAGACCAAAGAGCAUGAGAAAGAGAUCCAUUAUUGAGCGAAAAGAUAAUGAGUUAGGUCAUACUGAAAAGCUAUCAAAGGCCCAGAGCUUAAGGAACUUAGCUAUUUCAAAGAAAAGACUAAACAUCGCGGAAAUUAAUGGGUUCUAUUUCAUGAAAGAAACCCCGCCUAUUAAAAUUCUCUCAAAAUCAGACCCUCGCUCCACUCCUGAGAGAAAAGAGUGUCAGUUUAACAAUAAGAACUCUUUUGGCCAAAAGAAGAGGCUAGACUUUAAUAUUUCGCCUAAGAAAAAUGAGUCGCGCAAAGAGAUACUGAACCCGAAAAUAGAGAGCCAAAUGAACAAUCUCUUGGACCUUCACAAGUUAUUUAAAAAUAAGGAUAUGGCAAUGCGGAUGAGACCUAAUUUGCAAGAAAGGCAAAUCAGGCUAUAACGAGGUUUACUAAUCAAGGAAAAGCGUCUACUAGAAACAAUAAUAAAGAGUCUCCAGACAGUGUAAAAGAAAGUCCAACAUCCAAACCAGUAUUCCAAAGUGCAAUUCCUAAAAGGAGCCGACCGGUACUCCAAGAAGGCCCGCCAGCGUCAGAAUUUGAUCCUUUUCCUAUUGAAGAACUCGAAUUAAACCUUGCCUUCAGCAACCUCACUUCUUAACUUAAGCCUUCUCUACCAUAUACAUAUGAAGAAGGGCUUGAAAAUGUUUCUCUAUAAAUCCUAAAUAUCUCACAUAAA